AUGGAGUCGGCUAAACAAGGAAGCCCAGAGGCUUCAAGUGAAGAAAAUUAUGAUAGCCAAGAACAAGUCAAAGAAGAUUUAUCAAGCAAUACAGCAACUACUGCUAAACGCUCAUAUGAAUGUUCUUUUUGCAAGAGAGGCUUCACAAACGCGCAGGCCUUAGGGGGACACAUGAACAUACAUCGGAAAGAUCGAGCUAAUCGAACAAGAGGCAAAAACCUUGCAAGUUCCUCAUCAGUUUCAAGCAAAGCCAAUGAGGAAAUCAAGAAUCCUAGAUAUAUGGUACCAAAUUCAAGUAUACCCACAAAUUACUAUCCGUUUUUGGAGGCUCAAAGGAAUCAUGAAAUGUAUUUUCAGCCACCUGCAGGUUCUAGCCCUAGACAGCCAUAUAGCAAUUACAAACAUGGUAGCCAGGAUUUUCUUGGGCCAAGAUCUCAAUCUUUGAGCAUGAACGAAGAGCUUUGGGGUAAAGGUCUAAGCUUGCAAAUUGGGUCUGCCAAUAUCCAAGAUAGUGGAGGGAAUAGGAGGGUUUCUGACGAUGACGAAGUCGAUCUGGAGCUUAGACUUGGACGUGACCGCUAA